AUGAACAUCGACAGAAGGAAAGCAACGUUGUUCGGUGCAGCCGCUGCAGUCCGACUUCUCCUUUUCACUUCCUUUCCAGGCCUGCCGGAUCUGUUGACAGCACGCGUCGAAAUAUCAACGCCAGUGACCAGCUUCAAAAGAUUACAAGAAGGAGUCUUCCUCUACAAUCACAACGUCUCACCGUACGAUGGCGGAGUCUACCACCAAGCACCUCUCCUCUUACCCCUUUUCUCCCUCCUCCCGAGCUCUGCGACAUACCCCGCCUUUACAUACCUCCUCUACAUAAUACUGGACCUGUUGAGCGCAAAUGCUUUGAUGUGCAUUGCACAGUCUGGAGAAGCUGUGUCCUCGAAGCUCUUUACUUCCCCGAGGAAGGACAAAAGAUGGAGCAACUUUGCCAUUGCAGCAGCUUUUCUGUUUAACCCUUUCACGAUUGCAAGUUGUAUAGGACGACCAACGAGUGUAUUCACAAACUGCGCCAUCCUUCAUGCAAUCUCGAAAGCCGUGAACGGCAACUCCUUUACUGCCAUGUUCGCACUCUCCUUCGCAGCGUACCUCUCUAUGUACCCAAUCCUCUUAUUUCCACCUCUAGCACUGCUUUGUUAUGAUCGCCGCCCACCGUUGAAGAAUCCAGAAUCGAUCUACAGCUUCGUGCUUGGGAAUGCCGUUGCCGUGGGUGGAUCGUUAUACUCGCUCCUACAUAUGUCCUCUCUCAUAACUGGAUCAUGGGAGUUUCUAUCCUCUACAUACGGCGUUCAACUUCUGCUACCAGACUUGACGCCAAACGUUGGUCUGUGGUGGUAUUUCUUCAUUGAGAUGUUCGACUCUUUCAGGAACUUCUUCCUGGGAGUAUUCUGGAUCCAUCUCUCAUCCUAUGUCGCCGGUCUGACCAUUCGACUUCGACGACAACCACUAUUCGUUCUUACACUUCUUCUUGGAAUCUUCGCAAUCUUCAAGCCGUAUCCUUCCAUCUCUGACACAUCACUCUUCCUAGCCAUGUUACCACUUUACCGACACGUAUUUCCAUUGAUGAGAUACACGUUCUUGGCAUCAUCAACUGUCCUUUACGCAACUCUGCUCGGACCAGCUUUCUACUAUCUAUGGAUCUAUGCAGGAAGUGGAAAUGCGAAUUUCUUCUACGCCAUUACAUUGGUGUGGAGUUUGGGCUUGAGUCUGCUGACUUCAGAUGCAUUGUUUGCGGUGUUGAGAGACGAACUGGAAGUUGAGAGACCAGAGAUGAAGGGCAUGGAAAUACGGCAGAUAUAG